AUGUGCUUUAUUCUUGGUCUGCUUCUUUUACCAGCCGCUUUUUGCAGCGACUUCUCUUCAUAUCACGGCUUUGCAGACGUGCAGCACCAGCGCCCGGACUGCAUGUACAGCAUUUUGGUUUGUUCUCUGGUGCUAAUAACCAUUCUAACCAUUGCAGCAGCGGCUGUUUUUGCGCUCUCUAUCUUUGACUUUUAUCCGAUUCAGUAUGUCCACGACUUCCUGUACGGAUGGAUAGACCCCACUGAAAACGACUGUCUGAGCAUUGUUCCUGGAAAGCGCCUUUACUGCGAAAGGGAGGACGCGCUGGUGACAAUUCUUGAGAGUGAGCACUAUGCAAAUCUGACUUUGGCAAUGUGCGAGCAUAUAGAGGCAUCCUACGCGAAGUAUGUGCCCGACAGUGUGUUCCAGCACAUCGCCAGCAUGUACGAGCCAACAACCAAAACCCUUGUUUCUCAGACAAACUACACUCUAAGAGAGGCUCUGAACUACCAAACAGCCGCUUCUGUGUGGGCUUGGAACAUACACGAAUACAAAGGCCUGCCGAGCCACUCUAUGUCCAAUACCAUGCCUGUAAACUGCGAUGUUUCCAGAUGGAUAAAGGCUGUGGUUGACUCUGGAAUAGAAGGCUCUGCCCAUCUCAAAGAAGCUAUUUUAAAGGAGGCCAAAGACGUUCUUCCCAACUUCAAAUCGCUUUUUGUAAACGGCGUGUCCCUAGAGGACUUUUGA